AGCACGGGGGUGACGCGGUGACGUGUCCACUCCCAAGUCCUAACGCGCUAGCCUUCAAUUUUUCCUCAUCUCUCGCCCUUCUCCGCCUUAUUCUCCGGCUCGAAAUGUAUCCGUCAGCGCCCUGCGCCUCCGCCAUUUCAAAAAUCUCCCCAAUUCUCCCGCCCCCAGCAGCAACCGCCGGCUCCCACUGCUAUGCUUUGCUCCGCAGAAGCCGGGUGCGGCCCAAGGCGCAGUCCGACGGCGCGGAUGCGUCCGCCCUCCGCGAGAGCGCCGAAAAAGCAGGGGAAGAAGGAGAGGCUACCGGCCGGCGACCUUCUUCCCCUGCUCCUCUUCCUCCUCCUCCUCCUCCUCUACCGCAAGUUAUGAGCCCUAAAAUAGAAAAGGACCUCAAAAAGGUUGUUCAAAAGACUGCAGCAACCUUUGCACCAAGGGCUUCCACAGCCACCAAAAACCCUGCUGUACCUGGAACUACUCUAUACACUGUUUUUGAAGUUCAAGGCUAUCUUUCAAUGUUACUUGGUGGAGCUCUCUCCUUUAAUCUUAUAUUCCCUUCAAGUGAACCGGACAUUUGGAGAUUAAUGGGGAUGUGGUCCAUAUGGAUGUUCACUAUACCUUCCCUUAGAGCACGCGACUGCUCGAAGAAUGAGAAAGAGGCUCUAAACUAUCUUUUUCUUCUCAUCCCUUUACUUAAUGUUCUGAUCCCACUUUUCUGGAAGUCUUUUGCAGUUGUCUGGUCUGCAGACGUUGUUGCUUUCUUUGUGAUGUACACGUGGAAGCUUGGUUGGCUUCAAAGGUCAGAUUAGAGCUUUGUUCAGGCACUUGUUCCUCAGUUUGACUUUGUAAUCUAUUUUAAAUGUGGUUAUCUGGGCUGGUGUUCAGUAAUUGUCAUUUCAUGGAUUAAGUCAAACGCUUCACCUUAAUAGAAGGCAAAGACUUUUUUGACCGGGAAAAACAAAGUACAUAAUAUGGCGACUCUCCCCACGGUGAGACUAUCUUGCUCACCGUCUGUAUGUGCACUGUCCGAAUCUUUUAGCAGGAAUAUUGGAUUAGACAGUCUCAUCGUGAGGAGUAUGUUGUAUGCCCAUUUGUUGGUUUUUAGAGAAUGGUAGUAUGCUGUUGCUUUAUUCUUUUUUAAAAAUAAACUUAGCUAAAAAUAUGGUACAACUAGAUUUCAAACUUAAGACUUCGGUUACUAAUCAUCAAGUCUUUUGUCACUUGCGCUAGGAACGGUCGGUUAUAUUGGAUACAUAUUGUAAGAUAGUGAACUUUUGCAAAUUGGUAAGGCCGCAAUUUGA